CACUGCCACAUCAUCGUCAUCAAGCUUGAGCAACGAACGGACACACCGCAGGACUGCGUACGUUUUCAGUUUCCCAUCCCGAAUUGAUUUCCGGUGAUUUAAGACACCAUUUGAUGCACCGUUUCUUCCUACUUAAGCUCCACAUCCUCGUCUUCAUUUCCCCUCAAACCACACAGACCGAGAGCCUCCAGGCUGCUCGAAUUUGGCCUCGCAACUCCGCGGUACUGCCGCAGUAUAUCGUGGAAUUCGGUGAUCUCAGUCCACGCGACGGUGCCAUCUUCGUUUGUGAGCACGUCCGCGGGGCAGUUUCCAGCGAGCGAUUCCGGACGAACCCGUCGAUCUCCACGUUCCCGUCUUCGCCGAUUUAUAUUUGUCAAAUCAAGCGCCGUUGCCUGCUUCAACAUCGCCGGGGAAUCAUCCUCGAAGAGGCGCGGUUGUAUUCCAGCAAUCCUCAUCUCCUAUUGUGGUUGUUCCGAUUGCAACGAGUGUGUUUGCGAAGAGUGUACCAACUCAUCCCCUCGCUAAGGUUAUUUUCUGACUAAGGAAUCAAUGAAUUAGGAUCACGAGUUUUCGCUCAACAUGUCUGCCUGUGGCAUCAUGAAGACAGAUGGCUCCAUGCUUUAAGUUUUACUUUACCGUUGUGAACUCUGAAUAAGUGCUAGCUGAGAGCUAUGCAAGUUGUAAUAAACUAUUUUAUUUUACUGGAUCAUGCGGUGUAAUAUUGACCUUUGCUAUUUGGUAUUA